ACACACUUCCGCUUCCGGUCCUUGCCCUUGGGUCUCCGCGUUCUGUGGCCUCUCCCUGGGUCACCGGUUCUGCAUCCCAGCAAUAUGGCGGCCGCUGUGGCCGGGGUCUGGUGGCGAGGUCUCGCGGGGGCCAGAGUGGUGGCCGGGGGGGCUGGGCGACCCUCGGCGCUGCUGCAAUGGGUGCGGAGGGCGAGCGCUGCGGCCGACUCGCGCCGUGAGUAUGUGCGGGCCACUGUUAGGCCACAGGAUGCGGUGACCCACAAGCAGCUUUCAGCUUUUGGGGAGUAUGUGGCUGAAAUCCUCCCCAAGUAUGUCCAGCAAGUUCAGGUGACCUGCUUCAAUGAGCUGGAGGUCUGUGUCCACCCCGAUGGGGUCAUCCCGGUGCUCACCUUCCUCAGGGAUCACUCCAACGCGCAGUUCAGAUCCUUGGCUGACCUGACAGCAGUGGACAUCCCGACUCGGCAGAGCCGUUUUGAGAUUGUCUACAACCUGUUGUCCCUGCGCUUCAACUCCCGGAUCCGUGUGAAGACCUACACGGACGAGCUGACGCCCCUUGAGUCCUCAGUCUCAGUGUUCAAGGCAGCCAUCUGGUACGAGAGGGAGGUCUGGGACAUGUUCGGAGUCUUCUUUGCUAACCACCCCGACCUAAGGAGGAUCCUGACAGAUUACGGCUUUGAGGGGCAUCCCUUCCGGAAGGACUUCCCCCUGUCUGGCUAUGUUGAGCUGCGCUAUGACGAUGAGGUGAAGCGAGUGGUGGCUGAACCAGUGGAGCUGGCGCAAGAGUUCCGCAAGUUUGACCUGAACAGCCCGUGGGAGUCUUUCCCUGCCUACCGUCAGCCCCCUGAGACUCCCAAGCUCCAAGCCGGAGACCAGAAGCCUGAGGCCAAGUAGCCCUGGAGAGGCAUCGGACCCUGGAGAGCACCCUGCCUACCUGUAAAUAAAUUCCUGCCUGUACUGGCAACUCCUGUGUGC